GCGGUAUUUAGUUUACUUGGCACUGGCAGCACUGUGCAUGUCGGAGCCGACUGUUGAGCCGAAGACAGAAGACGCUCAGAGCGACGCUGAGGAGCCGCCGGAAGGUUACUACGCCUUCGUCGAGUCACCGAACGCUACUCCACCUAGAGUGCGACCACCUCCGUACCGACAAGUGACGUCGGAGUGUGCGUCGGCCGGCGAUCGCGCUCACGUCAGCGCCAACAACCUGUGUGGGGACCUCAACAGGGGCCUCAUACCACGGAACCCGUUGGGACAGAAUCCCAAUGGCGAACCUUAUCCUUUCGAGCUGAUACGCAACCACACGCUGCGCUUCCUGUCGCGCACGCUGCCCGUACUGCGCGCGGACGACGCGCUGCCGCGCGUGGCGCACGUGGCGCCCGACGCGCUGCCCGACCUGCAGCACAACAGACUGGAAGAGCGCGUCAAGCGGUCGCUGCCGUCCGACGCGCCGGCGGGCGAGCUGCGCAUGGAGCACCGCGGGGCCGACGCCAGGGACAACCGACACUUCUGCGACGGCGGCGGAGUAUUAUGUAUGCUGUAUCGAGCUAUUAAUGGUGAAAGUUCGGGACCAGAACGUCGAGAAGACCCUGGAGUGGGUACUCACACACACACACCUCAUACGCCACCUCAUAAAUAUGAGGGUCCACCCACUCCCUGCCCUGCCCGCGUGGAGUACGCGACUCCCGUGUUCGCUCGCAACUACCAAGGAGUAUGGCGCUAUGUAGUUCAGAUUCCCUACGAGGGAUAUUUUACGCAGACUGUUGAAGUCACAAGAUGUAUGCAAUCCCGCUGCCACUACCUGGAGGGAGGCUGUCUGAGCUCUCCGCGCUGGCUGUCGCUGCUCGUGGCCGAGCUGCACUACCCGCCGCCGCCCGCCGCGCCCGCGCCCGCCGAGUACCAACAGUUCGCUCAGAAACGUCUGGGUGAAACCGACAUCAGCACCGAGAAACCGCCGCACUGUGACGGACACGACGAACUUGGCUGCUAUCAGGUCCGCCUGUACUACGACUGGUUCCUCGUGCCGGGCUCGUGCAAGUGUUGGCGGCCGGACUACUUCGCGCGCUACGUGCGACGCAACCACCACGAGCUGUGAGCCGCACGCACACGCGCACACCUACACACACACACACACACACACACUGACCCACAUCCAAAUGUAAACCACUAGAGAUUACUAUACGUCAUGCGACUUUUUGAAGUUACUGAGAUUGAGAGAUGCCUUGUGACGUCGAGAUACUCGUUCUUAUUAACAAAUUAUGAAAACAAAAUGAUAACAAAAGGCACAUCGGUAAAGGUUAUGUUUUCGAAAUUCAGAAUUAUUUCAUAAUCAAGAAGAGUAAUUAGUUUACUACGAAAACUGUCUGGUAUAUUUUACUUGUUUUCUCUCCUAAGUAGUAUUAAUUACAAACGUUUUUAAAUCAACUAAGUGAACUAUUUGGUGCUAAGACUUUGUGACGUUAAGACUGUGUUAACUCAUAUUAUGAAAAGUAUUUUAUAUAAGAUUUUAAAAGCGUUUUAGACGUAUGUAUUUAUACUCUGAAAUUCUAGGUUUAAAAUAAUAAUAUAUUUACGAAUACAUGCAUUUUCGUUUUUCGUGUUGAUAGUGUAAAUACAGUUUUAGACAAAGGUAUAAAGGCACG